GUCUUGUUUUCUGCUCCUGUCUAUUGCUGAAAUUUCCAAGUUUUUUGUUUAUUCUAUUUUAUAUAUACAUUUUUCUCAAACUGUUUUUCGGUAUCAAGCUAAUCAAUCUUGAGCAUCUCUAUUGAUCUAAUUAUUAACUAAUUGUCUGAUGGUACCAUGUUAAUAAUAUAUCUUGCAGUUUCUUUUUAAGGACAAAAAAAAAAAAUGUUGCACUUAUUUCUUUGAACUGGUCGUGUCUCGCCAUCAGUGGCUCAAAAGACGGUUCUGUCCACAUUGAGAAUAUAGUCACUGGAAAGUUGUGAGCUCUCUGACUUCUCAUACAGAGUCAGUUGAAUGCGUGAAGUUUUCACCAAGCUCCGCAACUAUCCUUAUGGCUGCAACCCGUGGAAUGGACAAGAAGCUUGUAAUCUGGGAUCUUCAACAUUCAACUCCUAGGUUCAUCUGCGACCACGCGGUUCCUUCUGUGUGGUCUGAAUCGGUGCCAGUGUUCAACAACCUCAAAUCAUUAGCUGUUAAGAGUGACAAGGAUAGAGGAUGGCCAGCAAUUCCAGCUCUUCUAAGGAACUGUCCACAUUUACAAACUCUAGUCGUUAAGGGUCUCGUGCACCAUGUGACAGAUAAGUGUGGGGAUGUUUGUGACUGCAUCUCUCGGGAGGACAAAGGAUUUUCACUCACACGUUGUCCAGUAAAAGUGGUGAAGAUUCAUGGGUUUCAAGGAACAAUGAAAGAGGUGGCAACGAUACAGCAUUUUUUUGGAGUAUUUUCCAUCUCUGGAGGAGAUGGUGGUGGUCUAUUGUGUGAAGAAUAAUCCUACACAGCUACGAAACCGUCUCAAACUGAACCGAUCUCAAGACUGUAGAUUCUUCUUCUUGCUUGUUUUCUACUAUUUACCAUCGAUGGCUAGUUUUUAUUUGAUCAGUUAUACUUAUGGUUCGAGUUGAUAGCCACAUUAAAGUGUCAUUCUAUA